UUAGUUAGCGACGCAAACUUACUGUUUCCUGGGUAGGCCUCUGGUGCACCAGGACUGCCGGCUGUAUUUUGCAGGCAUUACUAUGCAUAGACGGUGGAGUUACAGAAAUUGUUCUUUUGUGCCAGGUGUCCAAGUGCAUUUCAAUGGUUUGGCCCUUUCCACGCACCGAUGUUUAGACUUGUGCCUACAAUUUCGAUCCUCUGUGAUCAUUUUUGGUUAGUUACUGAACUGCUUACUAUAGAGUUUGGGUUUGAGGAUACGGUUGAGCAGAAUAGCACUUUAUAAGAAUUUAAGUUGGCUUUUUGCAUAUCACUGGUACGCAGUUCAGAAGUGUUAUGACAGCCAGUAAUUUAGAAAAAGUUUACCUUAUCGACCACUAAGCCUGUAUGAUGGACAGCUACCAUAUGAUGCUGUGAUUUGAUGAAGGCAGCUUGAAACUUUUAAAAAAAUCUACAGAGAAGCAUAAAGGUGAAUGAGUCAUUUACUAAUAAAAAUUUAAGGAUCACAGUACAGCUAUGGAUAGUGAACCAAACCCUGCAACAUCUGUUUCAACAACAACCAGUAGCACCACCACAACCACCAUCACCACUUCCUCCUCUCGAAUGCAGCAACCACAGAUCUCUGUCUACAGUGGCUCAGACCGACAUGCUGUACAGGUAAUUCAACAGGCAUUACAUCGCCCCCCCAGCUCAGCUGCUCAGUACCUUCAGCAAAUGUAUGCAGCUCAACAACAGCACUUAAUGCUGCACACUGCAGCUCUGCAGCAGCAGCACUUAAGCAGCUCCCAGCUUCAAAGCCUUGCUGCUGUUCAGGCAAGUUUGUCCAGUGGAAGACCACCUACGUCCCCCACAGGAAGUGUCACACAACAGUCAAGUAUGUCCCAGACAUCUAUCAACCUCUCCACUUCUCCUACACCUGCACAGUUAAUAAGCCGUUCCCAGGCUUCCAGUUCUACCAGCGGCAGUAUUACCCAACAGACUAUGUUACUAGGGAGUACCUCCCCUACCCUAACGGCAAGCCAAGCUCAAAUGUAUCUCCGAGCUCAAAUGCUGAUUUUCACACCCGCUACCACUGUGGCUGCUGUACAGUCUGACAUUCCUGUUGUCUCGUCGUCAUCGUCAUCUUCCUGUCAGUCUGCAGCUACUCAGGUUCAGAAUUUAACAUUACGCAGCCAGAAGUUGGGUGUGUUAUCUAGCUCACAGAAUGGUCCUCCAAAAAGCGCUAGUCAAACUCAAUCAUUGACAAUUUGUCAUAACAAAACAACAGUGACCAGUUCUAAAAUCAGUCAACGAGAUCCUUCUCCAGAAAGUAAUAAGAAAGGAGAAAGCCCAAGCCUGGAAUCACGAAGCACAGCUGUCACCCGGACAUCUAGUAUUCACCAGUUAAUAGCACCAGCUUCAUAUCCUCCAAUUCAGCCUCAUCCUCUAAUAAAACAUCAGCAGAUUCCUCUUCAUUCACCACCUCCCAAGGUUUCCCAUCAUCAGCUGAUACUACAGCAGCAGCAACAGCAAAUUCAGCCAAUCACACUUCAGAAUCCAAGUCACGAUCCACCCGCAUCCCAGCACUGCAUACCACUCCCAAACCACGGUCUCCCCCCAGCUCCCAGUAAUGCCCAGUCACAGCAUUGUUCACCAAUUCAGAGCCAUCCCCCUCCUCUAACAAUGUCUCCUAGCCAGUCACAGUCAGCACAGCAGUCUGUAGUGGUGUCCCCUCCACCACCUCAUUCGCCAAGUCAGUCUCCGACUAUAAUUAUUCAUCCACAAGCACUUAUUCAGCCGCACCCUCUCGUGUCAUCAGCUCUCCAGCCAGGGCCAAACUUGCAACAGUCCACUGCUAAUCAGGUGCAGCCUGCAGCACAGCUGAACCUUUCAUCCCAUCUUCCACUGCCAGCUUCCCCUGUUGUACACAUUGGCCCAGUUCAGCAGUCUGCCUUGGUGUCCCCAGGUCAGCAGAUUGUGUCUCCAGCAUCACAUCAGCAAUAUUCAUCCCUGCAGUCCUCUCCAAUCCCAAUUGCAACCCCUCCACAGAUGUCAGCAUCUCCUCCAGCUCAGAUUCCUCCACUGCCCUUGCAGUCUAUGCAGUCUUUACAAGUGCAGCCUGAAAUUCUAUCCCAGGGCCAGGUUUUGGUGCAGAAUGCUUUGGUGUCGGAAGAGGAGCUUCCAGCUGCAGAAGCGUUGGUCCAGUUGCCAUUUCAGACUCUCCCUCCUCCACAGACUGUUGCGGUAAACCUACAAGUACAACCACCAGCACCUGUUGAUCCACCAGUGGGAAUGCAUUUGAACCAGUGUCAUCUGCACAAAGUUUUUUCUCUUAAGGUUUAUCAAGUAGAAGAUGUGUGUGAAGAAGAAAUGCCAGAAGAGUCAGACGAAUGUGUCCGGAUGGACAGGACCCCACCACCACCCACCUUGUCUCCAGCAGCAAUAACUGUGGGGAGAGAAGAUUUGACUUCUGAACAUCCACUGUUAGAGCAAGUGGAAUUACCUGCUGUGGCAUCCGUCAGUGCUUCAGUAAUUAAGUCUCCUUCAGAUCCUUCACAUGUUUCUGUCCCUCCUCCUCCACUCUUACUUCCAGCUGCUACCACCAGGAGUAACAAUAGUACGGCUCUGCCCAGUAGUAUUCCCAUUGUAGAAAACAAACCUCCACAGGCCAUUGUUAAGCCACAGAUCUUGACCCAUGUUAUUGAAGGCUUUGUGAUUCAGGAGGGAUUGGAGCCAUUUCCUGUGAGUCGUUCAUCUUUGCUAAUAGAACAGCCUGUGAAAAAAAGGCCUCUUUUGGAUAAUCAGGUGAUAAAUUCUGUGUGUGUUCAGCCAGAGCUACAAAAUAAUACAAAGCAUGCAGAUAAUUCAUCUGACACAGAGAUGGAAGACAUGAUUGCUGAAGAGACAUUAGAAGAAAUGGACAAUGAAUUGCUCAAGUGUGAAUUCUGUGGGAAGAUGGGAUAUGCUAAUGAAUUUCUACGGUCAAAACGAUUCUGCACUAUGUCAUGUGCCAAAAGGUACAAUGUUAGCUGUUCUAAAAAAUUUGCACUUAGUCGUUGGAAUCGUAAGCCUGAUAAUCAAAGUCUUGGGCAUCGUGGCCGUCGUCCAAGUGGCCCAGAUGGGGCAGCAAGAGAACAUAUCCUUAGGCAGCUUCCAAUUACUUAUCCAUCUGCAGAAGAAGACUUGGCUUCUCAUGAAGAUUCUGUGCCAUCUGCUAUGACAACACGUCUGCGCAGGCAGAGUGAGCGGGAAAGAGAGCGCGAGCUCCGGGAUGUGAGGAUUAGGAAAAUGCCUGAGAACAGUGACUUGCUACCAGUUGCACAAACAGAGCCCUCUAUAUGGACAGUUGAUGACGUCUGGGCCUUCAUCCAUUCUUUGCCUGGCUGCCAGGAUAUCGCAGAUGAGUUCAGAGCACAGGAGAUUGAUGGACAGGCACUUCUUUUGCUAAAAGAAGACCAUCUUAUGAGUGCAAUGAAUAUCAAGCUAGGCCCAGCCCUAAAGAUCUGUGCACGUAUCAACUCUUUGAAGGAAUCUUAACAGAAUCAUGAGGCUUUGAGAUAACAGCAAUUUUACUCUUCUUAAACAAACUAUAAGGUAUAGGAAGGCUCAGGUUGGCCUAGGAUAUUAUCACAUAUGGUGGAUAGCCAAGCACAUUGGGAUCUCUGCAUCAGAAGUUGACAUUUCUUCUACAGAUAUAAUAAUUCAUCAUACAUUUUCAUAAUCAGCCAACAUUGGUGAAAUUAAUUUUACAGGUGACAUGCAACAUUGAAAGACUUGUUAUAGAGGGCCAUGAUAUUUUUCAAAGAAUCGUGUUAUACUAGAUAAUUUUUUAAAAGGUAAUGUUUAUCAUUAAUAUAAAGAAUCCUUUUAAAAGUAAUUUAAUGAUUUACAUUUCUCCUCUUUUGAUUCAGUUUUCUUAUACAUUUUUCUACCCUAUAAAUUUUUUAUAGGUUGUCAUGGGAGAGAGAAUUUAGGAAUAAGUUAGGAGCCCAGUGACAGGAAUUGUUUGCAAUGAGUUAUCAGUACGCAUUUAAAAAACAUGUCUGUUAGAAAGUUGCUUUGUCUAUAAAAAGGUUUGCAUUCUAGCAUGAAUAAUACUGAUCUGGAAGUCAGAAGAGCUGGUUUCUCUUUCAGACUUGACCAAGAAUUUGGUGUGGCUGAGAAAGCUUCACUUACUUCUUGUACAUUUAGAGCAGUGUUUCUGUUUCAUACCUAAUCAUGGCGGACAGGGAUAUUGCCAACUAUCCUACACUGCACAGGGCAGCCCUCCACAGCAACGAGUUAUCCAGUCCAAAAUGUCAGUCGUGCCAAGGUGGAGAAACUGUGAGAGAGGAGUGACAGUGUUUUUCUUUCUCACCCAAAGGAAUAUUUUGAAAAGAUGGGACAUGAUAAGGAAUAUAUUAUACAAUGGAAGUAUUUCAAAUGGCAUCAAUGUUCUGCUGAAGUGUUUUUCCCUGGUUUAUGCAUAUUAGAACAGGGGGCAAAAUCAACUGGCCUAUAAAAUAAGGACUGGCAUACAGAUAAUUUGACUCUCAGAGGUAUUGAUUCAUGUUAAUUAUCUUUCAUAUCUCUGCUCCUCUGCACUGAUGAAGGCAUAAUAUCAUUAUACCCUGUGAACCAGUAGACAGCCUUUGCAGGCAAGGCAAUAGUUUGUAGCAGAUAUGUGUUUGGUCUUUGGAGUUUUUCUAAUGUUGAACAUGCUGGGUCUAGCUAGAAUACAUAUUCCUUUUUCCUUGACUAAACCCUUGCAUGCUUCCUGCAAAGCACUUAGCAAGUGAUAUCUCUUGGAUAAUCAGAUCUAAUUUUGUAUGUACAUGAUUUAGGGGAAACAUUUUUAAAGCAAACCUUUCACUGAAUAGUUACUGUUCUGUUAGAAUUAUGACACUACAAUGAAAUUGCUGUGGGAGCCCUGAGAGAUUUAUAGUCCUGGACAUCAAAAAUUUGUUUUAAUCUUGAUUGUAUCUUUACCAUACAAUGGAAAUGUUUUAAUAACUGAAGGAACAUACACAGACAUUUGGCAGAAGUUCAGUAAGUGGGGAAAGAAAGGUCCAUGGGUUUCAGUCAUUGUCACUGCUCUUUUCAAAAAGAUUGUGUUGAGCUAGUAGAAGACUAAAGAUGUCCUUAAAGACAUCACAGAUAUUUAUCUUUUGGCUUUGUGUACAUUAGAGAAUGUUGAUUAUUUUUAUACAAAAAUACAGCGGGUAAUUUUUUUAAUCUUUAGAUGCCUCUUGUUUGAAUGUAUGCUUUGUGAGAUUCUUUUGUGUAGUAAUGUUUUAAAAGAUGUUUACUAAUAGUUACGUGUAGGGUUAGAAUGUGUAAUAUAGUAUAAGGCUCAUGUUCCAGACCUACAAUAGCUUAUAGUCUAUGUUACAUAUUUCUAUCAUAUUUUUAAUUAUUGGAUUCAAGUUUCAAGGAAAGGUAGGUACUCUAUAGUCAAUUUUCAUUUAUUAGCAGUUCAUUAUUAUGACAGAGUUGUCAUAUGUUUUGAGUUUUCCCCUUAUCUUUCAAUUUCAGAACACAAGAAUAGGCUAAGUAUUAGUAGAUAGAUGGUCCACAGUAUUGGGGGUGGGAGGCACAAAGAAAAAUCUCCCCUGGAAUUAAAAUUUUAUCAUAGAUAAUCCACAAUUAAUAUAAAAUUAUUUGGGAAUAGAUUCCCCUUGCAAUAAUUACCUCCCAUGACUAUUACAUAUUAUCUGUAGCCUUUAAGGUAUUAACUUUGAACUGUGUUAUAGGUUCUUCUUUUAUUUACUUCCUCUUCUAAUAGGUCAUUAUGUACUUACUAAAAGCCCCUGUGCCUAGCACUGUGUUAAGUAUUCAAGAACGCUUACAAGAGGGGUUUCCAUUUGAGAGCACCUUAUAAUAUUAAAUGUUAUAAUCAUCUUAAGAAUACUCUAGAUCUUCUGUUCUCCCCACUUAAAACAUACCAGAAAAUAUAAUUGCUAUUUUCAA